UGGGCAUAGAGGGCUCCUCCGGGGACGUAGGAGGCAUUUCUCGGGCCCGGAGGAUUGGGCGCGAGCACACGAGUAGGCGAGGGGUAGCUAUUUUUUUUAUGUCUCUCGAGCCGGAAAUGUAGGUCUAAACCGCACUCGUGAAUCUUCCUGCCCCCUUACCCCUCCCUUCACGCACCAUGCGCCGAUCCUUCACCUCUCGCUUCUCCAAAACCCCUUAUUGCCACCCAGACCCCGGUCCCGACACCGAUCCGCACAGUAUCGGCGGUGGACCAGUCUCAACUGGCCAGGGAGAAUCUAUCGCCGGAACUGCUGCUGAUAGCGAUGCGCUAACGCCAGCGACAUCUGCCGAGGAGAAGAGGAAAACUUCAUUAAUGGAGCAUCCUCCCGUUGAUGACGUUUGCCCUAUUUGCUUCGGCAAUUUUGUAGUUCCGUGUCGGGCGCCUUGCGGUCACUGGUACUGCGGAAGUUGCAUUUUGCAGUAUUGGAACUUCAGUGCUACAUUGCAGCCAUGCAAGUGUCCAAUGUGCUCACAGUUCAUAACUAAAUUGAUGCCUGAAGCAUCAUUAUAUCGGGGACAUGAAGCAGAAAUUAGUAAAGUUCUAAAGAGUGUUGGAAACUACAAUCGCAUAUUUGUAGGAGGCAUUUCUGGAUUUAUGCUGAAAGUUCUUGCUAUUCCACUGUCCCUAAAGAGGUUGAUCUGCGAGAUGUUGAAUCCAGACAGACCUGGUGCUUAUCUCCAUGAGAUGCGACUUAUUGCAAUGUUCCUUGGAGUCCUUUACUCAUUCAUCCCCUUUGAUUUCCUCCGAUUAGGUCGUCAUAACAUCAUGAAUUUGCUCGACUACUCAGCCUAUGCCCUCUCAUUUAUAUUCUAUCUGGUUGGGCUGUAUGUGCGAUGGAGGCGCCAAAGAAAUGUGCGAGAGCUGGCCGGUGUUGAGGUGGGGCAUGAUUGAAAGUUUUGGGAGAUUCUGUGGUGGUGUUAAAUGCUGAACCAUACUUCCUGAAUGAGUUGGAAACGAUGGGAAAGUGAUGCGUAUUGUACAUAUUAUGGUUUUCAGUUCAGUUUCUACGUAGUACAUGCAUUGGCCUCUGAGUAAGAAACUGCAGAGACUAUGUUGUGUUAUAUGUUCGAAAACCCACAUACAUUUUGGAAUGUAUGUACGUGAAUUGGAUGUUGUAGUUGUUAUUAUUGUUUAAUUGCAAAAGUUUAUACCUACGUUAUAAUAAUAGCUUAUUGAUUGAUAA